CUGCCGAGCGCCGAGCUGCCGAUGGCGAUGUCUGCCGCGAGUCUCUGAGGCAUCUCGGGGGCCCGGAGUCGCGGCCGGAGGUCGAGAGUAGACUGCCGGCCGCGUUUCGGAAGCCGCAGGGCGUGAGGGAGGGUGUCGGCCCGCUCGGAGCCGCCACCGAGAAGGCGGCGGUGGCUGAGAUUCCUCCUGCUAAAGAGAGGAAAUCUCAUCCAAGGCCACAAUGUCACUUCCCAAUUAUCCAGUGCUGCCUGCUUAAGCUAACACUGCCAGAAUCCUGUUCCCUUGGGAGGAAUCAAGCUGACUUGGCAUGAGGUUCCUGCCUUCCUGGGGUUGAAAGAAGCUCAACUAUGUCUUCUCUUGAUGACCCAGGGGAAGUGAGGGAAGGCUUCCUGUGCCCUUUGUGCCUGAAGGACCUUCAGUCUUUCUACCAACUUCAGUCACAUUAUGAAGACGAGCACUCAGAAGAUCGUGAUGUCAAAGGGCAAAUUAAAAAUCUUGUUCAGAAGGCUAGGAAAGCAAAGAACAAGUUGCUGAAGCGCGAAGGGGAUGAUCGAGUGGAGCCAGGGGCCCAAGGAUACGAGUCAUUCAGCUAUGGAGGGGUUGAUCCUUACAUGUGGGAACCCCAGGAGCUUGGUGCUGUGAGAAGCCAUCUUUCUGACUUCAAAAAACAUCGUGCUGCAAGAAUUGAUCACUAUGUUGUUGAAGUCAACAAAUUAAUAAUCAGGUUGGAGAAGCUCACUGCAUUUGACAGAGCAAAUACUGAGACUUCAAAGAUUAGAGCAAUAGAAAAGUCCGUGGUGCCUUGGGUCAAUGACCAGGAUGUUCCCUUCUGUCCAGACUGUGGGAAUAAGUUCAGCAUCAGGAACCGUCGUCACCACUGCCGCCUCUGUGGGUCUAUCAUGUGCAAGAAAUGUAUGGAGCUCAUUGGCCUGCCCUUGGCAAAUCAGAAACUACGACUUUGCAUGGAGAAAGUUGACCAGAAAGCUCCUGAAUACAUCAGGAUGGCAGCAUCUUUAAAUGCUGGGGAGACAACCUACAGUCUGGAGCAUGCCAAUGACCUCCGAGUGGAAGUGCAGAAGGUGUAUGAGCUAAUAGACGCUCUGAGUAAGAAGAUCUUAACCUUGGGCUUGAACCAGGACCCUUCACCACAUCCAAACACUGUGCGACUACAGAGAAUGAUCAGAUACUCAGCUACACUAUUUGUGCAGGAAAAAUUACUGGGUUUGAUGUCACUGCCAACCAAAGAACAGUUUGAAGAACUAAAAAAGAAGAGGAAGCAGGACUUGGAACAGAAGAGGACCAUGGAGAGACAGGCUGCUCUGGAGUCCCGACGGAAGCUCGAGGAAAGACAGAGUGGUUUGGCAUCUCGUGCAGCCAAUGGGGAAGUGAGGUCUCUCCGAGGCAUCCCUGCCCCCUUGCGAAAAGCUGAGGGCUGGCUCCCACUGUCAGAAGGUCAGGGACAGAGUGAAGACCCUGACCCUCUCCUCCAACAGAUCUACAACAUUACAUCCUUCAUCAGGCAGGCCAAGGCUGCAGGCCGCACAGAUGAGGUGCGCACACUUCAGGAAAACCUGCGGCAGCUGCAGGAUGAGUACGACCAGCAGCAGACUGAGAAGGCCAUUGAGCUGUCCCGGAGGCAGGCUGAGGAGGAGGAGCUGCAACGAGAGCAGCUCCAGAUGCUCCGCAAACGGGAGCUGGAACGAGAGCAAGAGCAGUUCCUGGCGGCGUCCGUGCACCCACGGACUCGUGCUCUAGACCUCCGAGAAGUCGUCCCCUUCCAGCUGGAGCCCAGCCAAGCGCCUCACAGUGAUCUUGCCUAUGCCUUAGAUCAGGACUCCUCCCCAGUUCCGGGCAGCGCUGCUCCCGGGACCCUUUCACCUGGCUGCGCUUUAGCACCCAUCCGCUUGUGGUCUGGACCCCCAGCGCUUAGCCAGAGCACCGUACCACAGCAAAGUGAAAAGACCUCUCUCAACCCGUUUGAUGAAGAAGACUUCUCCAGCCCUGCAGAGGAUGCUGCCAGCCCUGCUGCUACAGAAACUUUCCUGAGCCCCUCAGCUGCUGUCACCAGAGAAUACAAUCCUUUUGAGGAAGAUGCCGAGGAAGAGGAGGUGGCAGAGUUGGGGGCAGGCAAUCCCUUCACUGACCCAAACAGUCCAGCACCCAACCCCUUUGAUGAGGAUGAGCAUCCCAGGCCUGCCAGCCCACCUGCCCCUGGAAAUCCUUUUGAAGAGUGCCCCUGCACCAACCCCUUUGAGGUGGACAGUGACAGUGGCACGGAGGCUGAGGAGCACAUCGAAGAGGAGCUGCUCCUACAGCAGAUUGACAACAUCAAGGCUUAUAUUUUUGAUGCCAAGCAGUGUGGUCGAAUGGACGAGGUUGAGGUGCUGACUGAGAACCUUCGGGAGCUGAAGUGUACCCUGGCUAAGCAAAAGGGGGGCCCUAACUGACGGCAGUGGGCCAGUACCGGGCAAAGUCUUGGGCAGCAGGGUACCAAGAGGGAGGAGGAGAAGGGUGGGCAUCUAAUGAUGCCAACAGUGAGGUGGGGAGCAGUAGUCUCUUGUUGCUGUGCACUGUGAGGCAUUUCCACUACAGUUGAACAAAAACAGGAAACAAAUCAGCACUCGCUUGCUGGUUUUUCUGUAUUAUUUUUUUAACAAAGCAUUCCCUUUUCAGGGAACUUUACCAUUUUAUUUCUGAGAUACAGCUCAGUGCAGCUCUGUUGGGCCAAGGUAGAAAGGUCUCCUGGGCACCUUGGUCUCUUUUCUGCUGACUGUUCUUGGUCAUGAUGCAGUAUUAUAGGUCAGCCCUUGGUGGGCCCCUUCCUGUAGCCAAGACAGGUAGGGGCUCUGGCAGGAGUCUGUCCUAGUCUGGCUGCUCCCUUUCACCGCCUUCUUGCUGGGGCUGUCCCCUGAACACUUAGGGAGAAGCUGCUAUGAAGGGAGGUCUGGACCCAAGGCGACCAGUGCCUCUCUGUGGAUGGUGGGGAUGUUGUGAGUAUUGUCCCCUCCUGGUUAAAGAAAGGACAGUAUCCAAGUGCAGGGGUGUCACUGUGAGCUUGAUUAUGAGAUAGGCUUUUUGGUGGAUGUUAUGGUUUGGAGAAGUUUCUACCUGAACAGUUGUCUGUCCAUGGAAACCUCUUUCCAGGGCUUUGGCGGAAUGACCAAAGGUUAUAUUGAAGGGCCUGUGGUGUGAUUUGGGAAUCUGACCAGAAAGCUUUUGUGGAGUAUUGGCAUCAGAUGGAAUUCUGAGUCAGCUCCCCAGUCAGCCUUCUUCACUGUGGUUCAUCCUGACCUGGGAAACUGGGCAGGUGUUUUCUUACUGCUUUGAGUACUGAGAAACAGAAAUAUUUGAUGCACAGCCUCUGAUCAUUCCACAGCCCUGAAGUACUUGAACUCUGAUAGGGACAGAAAGGGAAGUUACGUAGCUUAGUGCUUAGUUUACAGGAACAGAGGGGUUGACAGAUGCCUGGUGUGCUCAGCUUUGCAUACUCUCUCCAGUGAUACUCUUUAGUUAAUGGUCAGUAACUGACCACUAGUCCCUUUCUGCCUUAGCCAAGGCUUCUGUUGGUGAUUGGCACAUGAGCUGAAAUUCUUCCGUAACAUUCUGGUGAAAAGCCAUCUUGGCGGUAAGAGUGGCAUCUGGAUGCAAAGAACUUUGUUUUGGCAGCUGUUCAUUAGUACCUGUUGGGGCUUUGACUGGGUAGGAAGUCCUGUUUGGGGAUGUGGGAAGGGCUGAAGGGGGAGGGUAAUGGAGGACCCUUUGGGUUCUGUCAACAGCACGUGUUUACUGACCUGUGAGUGUAUUGCCAGCUCUGUUGGUGUCACCGGCUGUUCUGAGAGGUGGGCAACCUGGACCCAUGUUUCCUGGGGCAGUCCUCUUCUUCUCUUCUUAAGGCCCAGGCUCUAGAUGCUGUUGCCCUAGGGUUCUAGGCAUGUCCAGGAUAUCUACCCUGCUUGGACUGCCUUGUCUGAUCAAAGAGGAGGCAGCUCAACACAGAGUGAAGCUGAAUACGGGUUCCCACCACUACUUUUCCUGACAUAGAUCAGGUGUUCAGACUGGUAUGGCUGUAGACAUUGCUUUUCUCAUGAGACAGGGCUUCUUAAUUAGCUGGUGACUCACUAAAUGAACUCACCUGCAGGGAGCGGUCUGUGGCUGAGAGCGUGGAGAAAAACUAAUGCUUUUAAAUCUCAACUCACUGAGUAGUGCACCAAGUAAACGCAUGCCAGAGGUUUCACUGAGUUUCUCUUUGAAUUCCUCUUUGGCCAUAUCUCUAAGUCAGACAUGACAGGGGAGACUCUAUCACUUUCUAGAAUUUAUGUAGGUCAAGGUUGGUUUGCAGAGGGGGAUUGCCUGUGAGCAUAGCUACACAGGAUACCUCAUGUGAACCCUUCAUGAUUUCAGAGGUGCUUCAGUGACGGAGCACGUCCUUGAGAGGGAGUUGGCACACCCCCUAGACGGAGGUCAGUUUCAUCUGCGGAAGGGCUUCUGGCUUUGCCCCUCCUAACACACUAAGGAACUGGAGCCCCACUCACUGCACUUACUGCUCAUCAUGUCUUUGUCGUCAGAUGCUAAAAUGUCUUUCUAAGUCAUCAUGAGCCAUGUGGCAUAGCUAGGUCAUUUGAUUUGAAUUGAGGAUUUGGUCUCUGUACUAGGCCAACUAGAGGAACAUGAUGUGUUGGUAAUCAUGGUGACUGUCAGCUUGAUGGCCAUUGAUGUGCAUGCACUACACUGGGCCUUGUAUCAGGCUUUUAUUAAAAAAUAAAAUAACAUGUAUAUGAGUCUUUUAUUAAAGAAAUGACAUUUUGUUGCUCA